AUGCCCGCUCUGGCGUGGGGCUGGGAGCCGUCUGGAAGGGUGUUGGAGGGGAGCUCAGCGAGGUGGGAUUUCGUGCCCUCCUCAACCAACGGCAUGCGCGAUAAGACGUCCCUCGACAAGGUUGCCACUCGGAAAGCCAAUGGUUCGAUCCCGUGGUUGAAUACGCUCGAAGCACUCAUCAUGGAGGACACCAGCUCAGCUUUGAGAGCCGCCGAGGAGCUCGUCGAAGCCCUCAAGAGCCAACCCCAGGCAAACCAUGCGCAGCAUUUGGCCCUCCUUGAGCGUGUUGAUAAGGUGCGCACCCUACUCGAAACGCCGUACGAUGUGAUCGAGAGGCAGCAGGAGACCAUGUGCACAUCCGGUGUCAUGUACACCCUGAUCUCGACCGGCGCCAUCAAGAAGAUUCCGGAUGAAGGCACCAUCACGGCUGAGAAGCUCGCCGCCGAGAUGAACAUGGACGUAUCGGCCAUCCACCGGUUGAUGCGAGUGGCCGUGGUCUCGGGCUUCUUCGUCGAAACGGCGCCCAACACGUACGCGCACAACGCCCUCUCACAGGCGUACCAGCUUCACGCCCAGGGCCCCUUUUUCGUCCUUUGCAUGGAGUUCAACAAGAUGUGUAUGGCGCUUCCCAACUACUUCAAGACCCACAAACCGGAAGAUAUCUAUGAUUUGAAGAAGUCGCCCUAUUGCUUCAGCAUCGGCAAGGAGGGGAAGACCUACUACGAAGCUAUCGACGAAGACCCCGAGCAGCGGCUCAUUUGGAACUCCUGCCUCCAGAUCAUCGAGAAGAACAUGCCAAUCACGGGAAUGUUUCCGUGGGAAUCGCUCAAGGAAAACGUGGAGAAGGAGCCCGAGAGGCCGUUUGUCGUGGACGUCGCCGGCGGACGCGGCCAGGCUCUGUUGAAGCUCCAGGAGGAAAUUCCGGGGGCUUAUGGCGGCAAGCUGAUUCUGCAGGACCUCCCUAUUGUCAUCAACUCGUUGAAGCCGGAGGAGCUUCCCAACAUCGAGGCCAUGUCGUACGAUAUCUUUACGCCUCAGCCGGUCAAGAGUGAGCCCCCCUCCCCAACCCCACCCUCACCCACCACUGCUAUUUUCCUGUGGAAGUUCAGUUCAACUAACCUCAGUCAAGACGCGCACGUUUACUUCAUGCGGCGGCUGCUCCACGACUUCUACCCGUCUGUCUGCCUUGACAUCCUCAAGAGCACUGUUUCGGCCAUGGGCCCCGAUUCGCGCCUGAUUGUUUGCGACAUGCUGGUGCCAGAAUUGGUACAACCAGGCCGGAUGAAGGAGCUAUACUGGCUCGACUUGAACUUGAUGUCCAUCAGCGGGAAGGAGAAGACGUUGCAUGAGUUUCAGCAAAUGUUUGAUGCAGUCGGCUUGGAGCUGGUCAAGGUGUGGCCGUCGGAGAUCGGAGCUACGGUGCAGCUCGAAACCCGCCUGAAGCGUUCGUAG